AUGAAACGAAGAAUCACCUUCAUCCAGCGCGUCGAUGCCGGCUUCGACCCACAGCAAGCUGUGUUAACUACAUCAUCCCUCUCCGUCCACGGCCUGGACGCCGCGCGGGAGGAUCGUAUUACGGUCGGACUGGACGAGCUCCCAGAGGAGUUGCGUGCUGUCCUCGAACAAUCUCAUGAGCUCCACCUCCGCUGGGCCUCCGAGAGGUCUUUUGAUGCUGCUGUGCCAUAUAGUAGCCGGGUUUCACCUGGACUGCAUAUGCACUAUACUCCGCUCGAAUUGGAAUCAUCUUCGGAAGCACUAUGCACGCUACUCCGCACGAUAGUCGCGCCCAACAAAGACGCUCAGUUUAAGGGCUGUUCGAAGAAGGAGGAGUCGUUCAUUACACCCCCGCUUCUCUCGACACGAUUCGCUUCCUCGACCUCCCUACAAUAUUACACCCACCUCCCUUCCAUCCAGUCUCUAGUGGGAUAUAUUCAGAACACUGUUUGUGACAAGAGCCGUAUAGAUGGCCCCGAGUGUCAAACCCAGGCCGAUGCUCUACUCUCUGCAGACUCGGUUGAUAUCGACUAUGACAGCAAUUCUCACGAUUUAACUGUGUCUGGGCUCUGGAACAGUCCACCUACGGGUGGUUGGACAGAUCAGUUUCAAAAGCCAGCAUCCGCUGCCGAUCAAAUCGAGUUCGGUCUCUUGGGUGCUGACGCAGGGCUUGAGCCAGAGGAGAUCAAGAUGGGUGGGCUGUUAGCGGUUGUUGGACAGGACAAGAAGCUAAAACCAACCAUGUUCUCAUUCCCCUCCCGCCACCAACAUCUCACUGAACCAUCGAGCUACACCGUUUCAUUCGCUCCCCCAACUGGCCUCCAUCCGACAAUGUCAAUAUCAAUGCCCCGAUCAUCCCUCAAACAACCACCAGCACCCAGCGACGCAACUUGUGCUCUACACACAUACCUCACACUCCCCUCCGCCAUCUUCGGAGAUCAAUACCAGCUCGCAACAACAGACCCACUCUUCCUCGAGUCACACAACCUUGUAGCCCUGCGUGCCUUGGCAGGCGAAAUGGACCUUGAAGCCCCAGACUGGGCUGUUCAGCGCUGGGGCUCAAACUGGCUCCUCGAACUAGCAACUCCCCCAGAAGCCGAAGACGGGGCCAGCACACCAGACCCUUCAAAUUGGACUGCCACUAUUCCUUUACAUCUGCGCUACCUGCCACCCUCCGAAACAGGUCAACGCACUGCCCACAUCCCCUGGCCCGUCGUCUUCUGGGCCUGUACUACUGAAGAUGACACGGAGAUGAGCUUGAACCCCUUUGACCGGAAAAAUCUCGGUUGGGACAGCUUGUUCGGUCCUCGAACCCUAUUCUACCAGCUUCAGCCUGCGGGUGACCGUCUUGUUGAGGAUAUCGAUGUACCUGUUCUACGACUCGAGGGCGGGGAUAGCUACUUCCAGGCUAAAUAUAUUGAGCUUGGCACUUGUGUGGUUAUCUCUCUUGGGUUCAUGUGGGUGCUUUGGCGACUUGCUCGUGUUGCUUGGUCGUCUGGGGUUGGAAGUAAACGGGCCGAGACCACGCACGACAAGAAGGAAUGA